UGCCUGGGUGCCUUGGUCACUGACACAGAAGUUUGCCCAUACAAACAUAAAUACUACCAGAGACGUUCUCUCUCAUCCAUUCAUGGCUCCACAUCUCCUCCUUGUCCUGCGCAUCCUUUUCUUCCUCACCGGAGUCUCAGAUGAACAGAGUGUGUCCACAUUGAGUCAUGUGUCUAUAAAGCGGGGAGGCUCCAUCACCAUCCCAUGUCUCUAUAAUCAGAGAUAUAGAAACGAUGUGAAAUACUGGUGCAGGGGAUAUAAUUGGUUAGGUUGCUCUACUGUAGUACGCACUGACCAUCAAAAGACCAGCAGAAAGACCUCAAUCUCUGAUGACAUCAACCAGCGAGUCUUCACUGUGACCAUGACAAGUCUUAGUCCUAGUGAUUCUGAUUAUUACUGGUGUAUUGUGGAGAGGAAGGAGGCAGAUGAUGGGGCUAGAUUGCAGAUAUCAGUUCCUCCAGGUACUCCAGAACUCUAUGUGGACCAACAACAGAUGACUGGAGUUGUAGGAGGGAGUGUCACUGUGCUCUGUUACUAUAGUUCACAAGGAAGCACAGGGUGGUGGUGCAAGAUGGGAGGCUCUUGUGUGGCUGUGGGACUUUCUGGAGUUUUAGAUGGAACAUUUGUGAAGUUAGUGCAGGAGCAGAGCCGAACCACCAACGGUUAUGUCUUAAUGGUGACUAUGAGUGGAUUGAUGAUGGAGAACACUGGCUGGUACUGGUGCAAAAAGGGAAAACUACAGAUGCCUGUUCAUAUCACUGUCAGUCAACCAACCACAACACAGAGCACCACCACAAUUUCCCCUUCUGUUACAAACAGGGACAAUGUUGUAACUAACGAGAACACAGAUGAGAAGCACCAGAGUUUUCUGGAAGUCCUGUUCAUUCCUCUGAGCCUGUUGGUGGUGUUGAUAGCUGUUACAUUGGUCACAUUGAAGAUGAUGAGAAAACAUAAGGACAAGAAGGCAAAGGACCAACCACCAAACACCACAGUACAGCCUGCUGACUCUGAGAAGGACAUUACCUACAGUACUGUGAGUCACAUCAGAGGAACAGCAAAACAGGACCUAAACCCUGAGAGACAUGGUGACUUUUACAGCACUGUGAUUCCUAUGCAGCACAGGACAGCACAAAGGGCAGCAGAACCAGAUGAUGUGGUCUACAGCACAGUGGCCCAACACCAGAGAUACAGUAGGUCGCAAAGAACCAGACAAGAUGUUGGGGGAAAUACUGGAUGAUCUCAGUGAACUAGGGCAUCAGAACAAAAGUCUCCAGAUUGAGUAACAUAUAAAGUUGUUUUAUUUGUCACCUGCCCCAACCCUUUGUCCUCAUUACUUUAUUGUUCUAUCUUGUUAAUCUGCAUAUUUUAUAGACUGAACGUCUUGUACUUGUAAUAAACUGCCCAUGUUGACACUUAACUGUACAUGUGUUUUUCAAUAAAGGAUAUCAAAUAAA